UUUAUUUUUCAUUGAAAUAAUGGACUAAAUGGCAACCAAGAGCUUAAAUCUUAUUUAUUUUAGCUGUGUGUUAUCAACUAAAAAAAUAUUGUACCAUCCAUUUUCUUGUUGGAUCUGAAUCCACUGAUCAAAUGAAACAUCAGAACUGCUAAAUAUUCCAGUACCAAGGUGGUGAAAUGAUCAUCAAGCACCAUCAAUUAACCAACUGACAAUACAAGCUAACAGCAGUGCAUGUAUCUGCAUUUUAUACAUUAAAACACUAAAAGAAAAACCUGUACAAAAAAGGUACUUUGUGCAUUUUUGUGCAAAAUAUUUAAUGUAAUAAAAACCACCAGAAAUGUAAAUUGUGUAACUAUUGCAAAUAUCACUAUAACACAUUUUAGUCAUAUUGGAUUUGUGGCUUUAGGGUUAGGAAGAAAUUUCUAUAGUUUGAUCUUUAAAUUCUGACUUUAAGGGGACCUCUGCACAUUUUUCCAAAUUUAAUCUUAAAAUGUAAAUCUAAAUAAUUAAACUACAUUAUUAAGCCAAAGCCUAAAACUUUUUUUUUCUUCUUGUUUUGUUUUAAUUUCACAGAAGUCAUGUUUGAACGGCUAUACUUUUUAAAAGUAUGAGAUCUAAAGUAUUACUGAUGCUAAAUAUUCAUUCAGUCACUGGGUAGACUGGGUUCUGGCUCACUGGCCUGGUCUACCACAUUCAGGCAUUGUCUCCGUAAAUAAAUGACUCUCCAGAUGGGGAAAAGUCAGAGCAAUGGAGCGUUAAACACUGUGAUUACCUGUGAUUUAUGCCAGUGUUGAAAACACUACAGUUCUCCAUGCUGACAGACAACAAACUGGUUGAACGUGUGUGAGUCUUUGUGUGUGUGUGUCCUGUCAAACUGGGGGUGUGCUCAGCUGCGUGAAAAUGAGAGGAAAAUCUAACAUUCUCCAUCUCGUACCCUCCCAUAUACCUUUACUCGCUGCUGGAGGCUCCUUAAAAGGUGCUGCCAGUAGUGCCUGUCUGCCUUAUCAUCACUGUCUUGGCAGAAGGAAAUUAUACCCAGCUAUUAUAGACGGAGAGACUGCAGUCAGAGGAGUUAAAAAUUUCUGACUACAGGACAUCUUUACAGAAACGUAGUAGUAGCCUCUAUUAGGAUGAAAUUACUUAUGGAAAGCCUUCAAAUCAAGAUGCUGCUGUAUGUAAACAUCUUGAUACUGCUCGUCCGGGAUGUUGCUCUGUCAAGCAUCCUGACCACACCAUCAAGAGGAUGUCCAACCUGCACAGGAAAGCCCGUGGGUUUGAACGUGGCCUCUCUGGCUCCUGGGGAGCCGUGCGGCGUCUACACUCUGAACUGUGCCCUGGGUCUGCGCUGUGAGCCUCCCCAGGAUGAGCCGAGGCCCCUUCGUGCCCUGCUGGAGGGUAGAGGAGUCUGCAGCAAUGUCAGCAGCACCACACCGACUCCACAGGUCAACCCUGCAGAACCAGCGCCAACUGAGGAACCCAAUGAGGCUCCCUGUCGCAAACUCCUAAUGAAAGUCAUCCAAGGUCUUGAUGCCCAUUUAUUUAAGUCCCAUCAUGAUAUCUACAUACCCAACUGUGAUAAAAGUGGUUUCUACAAAAGGAAGCAGUGCUGGUCGUCUCUGGGGAAGCAGCGUGGAAAGUGUUGGUGUGUGGACGAGAACGGCCUCCCCGUCCCACCGAAGACUAAACAACAGGGCAACGUGAUUUGCUGAGGAGCAGGAAAGACGUCACAGAUGAAGGAACAUCGGACUAAAACCCGAACUCGCCUUUCAUACGUUACAUUUCUGUCAGAAAGCAGAUCAUUACGCAUUUCUUAUGAGGAGAUGCGUAAUGAUCAUACUUUGUCUCCUGACGCCCUCUGCUGAAUACACUCAGAUUGUGCUGAUUUGAUUCUUUCGCUUUCAGCUGCAUUGCACAUUCAAUGGAGAUCGGACUGCAACUAAAAGUAAUCCAGCUAAAAUUAAAUACAGAAUGAAAGCAUGUCAAUUAUGAACCGAGUGCCACAAAUUCAGCCAAAAACCUUUAACACUUUUAUAAGCAAAUUAAAACUUACAGAAAUCAGUUACAUAACAUUCACCAGCUAGUAAUGAGAAAUUACAAACUCUUUUACGACUGUGUUCAGGUUCUGUGACAUUUACAUAUUUUCAGUAUGCUCCUCCUUACUUUCCUUCGAAACCACUCUCUUUUAAAAGUACCUGCUGCAUAUAUAACAUGUCGCCAUAUUUAUGUGACUGUAUAUACGUCUAUUUAUGCUAAAUUGUUCAUUAUGUUAGUGUUACACAUAAAAGCAAACACUAGGACUCCUUUGAGGGAACUUAGCAACCUGAAUGUUUUUUAUUUAUAACAUCGGUGACUUUUAAUAUUGGUGAUGAUGACUGAUAAUUUUAUUACAAUAAAAUAGUACAAUAAAAAGUAUUACAAUAAUGUCCUUGACAAACUGCUUUUUGUGUAAUGUAUUCUUGUGAAGUAAAAUAUUGUACAAAACAUUUUCUUCUUUCUUUCUGCAUAAACAAAUGGACUCAUGAUAAAGAAGUCAACUAGCUGCCUAAAAAUGUAUUAAAUACCUUUGGGCUUCUUGUGUUUCCUGUAGCAUUUCUUGCAGCAUUAUAAUUGGCUGCAAUACAAUUGACAAUUUUAUUUCUUUAUGAAUGAUACACAUAUCUUUUGAGACAGGAUCUUGUAUUGGACUUUAACAUACGGGAAAGUGUUAUCUGUCCUUUCUAAGAAGAGUCAGAACACUUACUGAUAACGUCUGAGGCUACAAGAUAAUUGAAAUGAGCACAUACUGAUGAGAAGGAGAUUAAGUGAAAGAAAGCACAAAUACCACGAGAGCAUAAUAAAAAUAUUAAAACAUCAAUAUUUAAUAAGAGAGUUUUGAACCACAAUUCAAAAUUAUUCCUCUGAUGCACAUUUGAUGUAUUGAAAGUUGCAAAACUGUGUAUCAAUUCAUGUAAGUAAUAUCUAGACUGAGCUUAAUAUCAUCCUAAUCUGGCUCAUCAUUUGUAUGAACUGGAUUUAAAAAAGGAACAACUGAUAAUUUGAGAAGAGUAACGCAUUAUAAGAGGAAGUAUAAGAGAAAAAAAACCUCGGAGAAGUUUUUUUAAUUAGAUUUUAAACAGUUCAAUGUCAGCUUCAUAGCAGUAAGAUUAUAUAGGUUAAGAUGAAGCCAGUUAAUCCCAGUAAUCCCAGUUAAAUAUUGAAAAAUGCCAAAAAUAUGUAAAAAA